CUGUAAUCUCUUUUUCAGCUCCUGCCCCUCGCUGAAAACAGCCAGAGAAGGAAAUCAAGGAGCCACUCCUGUAAUUACCAGAUAAGCCCAGCAGGGUCAAUAGAGUUCCAGGAAAGAGCUGCAGGCGUCUGAGGAUAAACCACUUCAAACAGCUUUAACCUGAGCGUCACCUGGAAGACGGAUUCCCGGUUACAAGACAAACCUGAUUCGUGAAAUGGACUGAAACUGAAAAUUCAUCUACUUCUUUGUCUGAAUUUGAGACACGGUUGGGAUGACCUUAAGUGCAUGCUUCUAGACUCCAACCGCAGCUAUGAGUUCGGAUGAGAAGGGCAUAUCCCCUGCUCAUAAAACAUCCACUCCAACCCAUAGAAGUGCCUCCUCUUCAACGUCCUCCCAAAGGGAAGGUAGACAGAGUUCCCACGUACUGGAGAGGACUGCUUCCUCCGGCACUGAGCCCUCCGUAAGCCGGCAGUUGCUGGAACCGGAGCCGGUCCCCAUCUCCAAGGAAGCUGACAGCUGGGAAAUUAUAGAAGGGCUCAAAAUAGGCCAGACCAAUGUCCAGAGACCAGACAAACAUGAAGGCUUUAUGCUGAAGAAGAGAAAAUGGCCCUUAAAAGGCUGGCACAAGCGGUUUUUUGUCCUGGAUAAUGGAAUGUUAAAGUAUUCAAAGGCACCACUUGAUAUUCAAAAAGGGAAGGUCCAUGGAAGCAUUGAUGUUGGACUCUCGGUCAUGUCCAUUAAAAAGAAGGCUCGGAGGAUAGACCUUGACACAGAAGAGCAUAUCUAUCACUUGAAGGUGAAAUCCCAGGACUGGUUUGAUGCAUGGGUCUCCAAACUGCGUCACCAUCGACUGUAUCGGCAGAAUGAGAUAGUGAGGUCACCAAGAGAUGCUAGUUUUCACAUAUUUCCUUCAACCUCCACAGCUGAAUCCUCACCAGCUGCUAAUGUUUCUGUCGUGGAUGGAAAGGUGCAACCAAAUAGCUGCCCAUGGCAGUCCCCCUUGCCAUGCAGCAACAGCCUCCCUGCCACCUGCACGACUGGCCAGAGUAAAGUGGCAGCCUGGUUACAGGACUCGGAAGAAAUGGAUAGGUGUGCAGAAGACCUUGCACACUGCCAGUCAAACCUUGUGGAACUUAGCAAACUCCUGCAAAAUUUGGAAAUACUUCAAAGAACUCAGUCAGCACCCAACUUUACUGACAUGCAGGCUAACUGUGUAGAUAUUUCAAAGAAAGACAAGCGGGUCACAAGAAGAUGGAGAACAAAAAGUGUCAGCAAAGAUACAAAAAUACAACUGCAGGUUCCUUUUAGUGCUACCAUGUCACCGGUUCGCUUGCAUUCCUCCAACCCCAACCUUUGUGCGGAUAUUGAGUUUCAGACUCCCCCUAGCCACCUCAGCGACCCUCUGGAAAGUUCAACUGAUUAUACAAAACUUCAAGAAGAAUUCUGCCUAAUCGCACAGAAAGUGCAUUCCCUUUUGAAGUCUGCAUUUAAUAGCAUAGCUAUAGAGAAGGAGAAGCUGAAGCAGAUGGUUUCUGAGCAGGAUCACAAUAAAGGCCACAGCAUGCAGAUGGCACGGCUCCGACAGUCACUGUCUCAGGCCCUCAACCAGAAUGCUGAACUAAGGAGUCGGUUGAGCAGAAUACACUCAGAAUCUAUUAUUUGUGAUCAGGUUGUCAGUGUAAAUAUUAUUCCUAGCCCUGAUGAGGCUGGUGAGCAAAUCCAUGUCAGUCUCCCUCUGUCACAGCAAGUAGCAAAUGAGAGCCGCCUCUCCAUGUCAGAGUCUGUCUCUGAGUUCUUUGAUGCCCAAGAGGUGCUCCUCUCUGCAAGCUCGUCAGAGAAUGAGGCUUCAGAUGAUGAGUCUUACAUCAGCGAUGUGAGUGAUAAUAUAUCUGAAGACAACACCAGUGUUGCGGACAACAUUUCUCGGCAAAUCUUGAAUGGGGAGCUUACAGGAGGGGCCUUCCGAAAUGGGCGUCGAACGUGCCUGCCAGCUCCCUGUCCUGACACCAGUAACAUUAACCUGUGGAAUAUCUUGAGGAACAACAUUGGCAAAGACCUGUCUAAGGUGUCUAUGCCUGUGGAGCUAAACGAGCCGCUCAACACUCUGCAGCACCUGUGCGAGGAAAUGGAAUACAGCGAGCUUCUGGACAAGGCUUCAGAAACCGACGACCCCUAUGAGCGCAUGGUUCUUAUUGCUGCAUUUGCAGUUUCAGGAUAUUGCUCCACCUAUUUCAGAGCAGGAAGUAAGCCAUUCAACCCUGUCCUUGGGGAGACUUAUGAAUGCAUUAGAGAGGACAAGGGAUUCCGCUUUUUCUCAGAGCAGGUUAGCCAUCAUCCACCCAUUUCUGCCUGUCACUGUGAAUCCAAGAAUUUUGUGUUUUGGCAAGAUAUCAGAUGGAAAAACAAGUUCUGGGGGAAGUCGAUGGAAAUCCUGCCUGUGGGAACACUGAAUGUCAUGCUUCCAAAGUAUGGAGAUUGCUACGUGUGGAAUAAAGUCACCACGUGCAUACACAACAUUCUCAGUGGCAGGAGAUGGAUAGAGCAUUAUGGAGAAGUAACCAUUAGAAAUACCAAAAGCAGUGUUUGCAUUUGCAAACUCACAUUUGUCAAGGUGAAUUAUUGGAAUUCCAAUGUGAAUGAAGUCCAGGGGGUUGUGAUGGAUCAGGAGGGGAAGGUGGUGCACCGGCUGUUUGGGAAAUGGCAUGAAGGGCUCUACUGUGGCGUGGCCCCUUCUGCAAAGUGCAUCUGGAGACCAGGUUCCUUGCCAACCAACUAUGAGCUCUACUAUGGCUUCACAAGGUUUGCUAUUGAGCUCAAUGAGUUAGAUCCUGUCCUAAAAGAUCUCCUCCCACCGACAGACGCCCGGUUCCGGCCAGAUCAAAGGUUUUUGGAAGAAGGAAACCUGGAAGCGGCAGCAGCAGAGAAGCAAAGGGUAGAGGAACUCCAGAGAUCUCGAAGGCGGUACAUGGAAGAAAACAACCUUGAACAUAUACCAAAAUUUUUUAAAAAAGUGCUCGAUGCCAAUCAAAGAGAAGCCUGGGUUUCCAACGACACCUACUGGGAGCUGCGAAAGGACCCCGGGUUUAGCAAAGUAGACAGCCCUGUUCUUUGGUAACCUGGGAGUGUGGAGCCAGCCGGCACAGCACGCUCUGGAUGAGUUACUAACUAUGCACAACCCUGUUUCUUAGAGCUCCGCGUGGUUUCUGGUUGACUGGCCGCCGGCCGUUUGCUUUUCUAUUCAUCGUUAUGAUGGGCUUUCAGAAGUGCAUUAGACGAGGCCCCUAGCCACUUUGGGAUCCUUUCUGUUUUGCUGCAACCAUGUUCCUUAAAAAAAAGAAAAGCAUCCAUACCCUCCUUGGAAAGAAGAAUUAAAGGAGCAGAAUGUAAAAUCCAGAGUCUGACAAGUUUAUAGAGAAAAACGAACUGUCACUGGUGCUUCAAGCCGAUCCGGAGAGUUGAAAGCGGUGUGACGUGAACCACGCGUUUGGUCCUGUUCCCUGACAGCACCGUCCCCUCGUCGUCGGAGCUCCGGGAGCCGGCUGGGACCUGGAGCGCGUGUUUGGUGUGUACACUUGUGCCGGCCUUGUCAGUGAAGACGUGCUGCUUCUCAGCCCCUGUCCCAUCUGUACGCCAUUGUUCAUGCCUUAAGAAAUGCAAAGAUGUACAAUAAAUCAUUUUUUUAAUGUGUGCUCAUAGGUUUAUGUGAAGGACAGAUCUUUUGAAUCAUGGCAUGAUUCACUUUCCGGGAUCAGAACGAUUAUGAGUCUAACUUAAGUGGAUUUAAAAAAGUAAACAACAUGUGCUUUACUUUGGUAUGUUGGUGACUAUAUCGUAUGUCCGAAGGGCAAGAAGGAAACGGUGUGCCAGGCAGAUUUCCGUGUUCGCAUUGCUUGUCCGGCCCCUGUCCUGCGUCCAGAUAAUAAACCAUCCCUCUUCUACCUAACCUCACAGUGUGCCCUGUUAUUUGGUGGUAUCUGUUUGAUUUGAACACUUGGCAUCAAUGUUGAAACCUUGGAAGGAAAAAAAAGCAGGUGGGAUUUCUGGGUGGGCUUAGGAGUACUGUAAACGUAACUGUUUUUGAAUGAAGCACAAUGUAAUCCACAUUACUAUCCUAUGCCCAGCCCAUUGGCACCAGUGGAAAUCCCACUGGGAACAGAAGCAAGAACGCUAGUAGCUUAUUUGUAUUGUUUAAAUGAGUUCUAUGCAAUAUCAUAUUUUACAUUUUCAUCAAGUGACUCUGUAUGAUACAUGACCAUAUAUUAAGCAUUUUCCUUGCGGUUGGCAGAGAUACAAAACUUAAGCUAAGGAGUUUAUACAUUCCAGCAAAAAGAAGGGGCAGAAAUGUGUUUUGCAUACUUCAGGAUUUUUUUCCUCCAAUAUAACAGAGGCUUUUGUAGGAAACUUGCAUCAGUAAUUCUGAGUUUCUGCACGCAGAUGACUAUAUAAAUGCUUGUAUGUUUUUAAAAAAUCUCUCAAGAGAUUAAUUAUAAAAUGACAUAUAUUUUAUUCUUAGUUAGGAUUUUAUUCUAGGUUCUUAACCAUGAGACUUUAAGUGUUAUUUUAAACUCUGAUAACAAGGUUGCUGACAUUUUACAUUUUGUUAGGAGGUGUUGAUUUUAGUGUUAUUUCUCAGCAAAGCUUUCCUAAUAACGGCUAAUCCACUAUCAAAUCUAAACUGCGUAUGAGAGCAUAAGGCAAACUCUGAAGUUUCUACCAGGUGGAGCAAAAUCUGUUAUCCUAAAACAUCCCUCCUUUGACCUGGGGCCCUAUGUGUUGUGUGCAGUAUGCAUUGGUUUAGAAUGAAACUCCAUUUUCAGGUAAAUUCCGUUGCCAGAUCUAAGUGUUCCAUUUAAGCAACACCUUCCCUAGGUUUCUCAAUGCCUUUCAAGUCUCACUUUAAUCUAUAGGUGGCUUGCCCCGUGGUAGUAAAAUUUUCCCCUUGUUAUCUACUUUUCUGCUCAUUCAUCUUGACUCCACUUUAUCUGCAUCUUGAGAUACAUGCCUAUAAUUUUAAUUGGAAUUCUAUUAACUUCCUCAUAAAAGUCUGUUCUCUACCAACUGGUAAAGCUUUAAAUACCAUCUAGAGUGGUUCUGGUCUGUAGUUACUAGCACUUCCCUGAACAGUCUAAAGAUACAGUGUUCCAAGUAGAUAAGUCAUAAGGUGAGGCAUCAGUUACCAAUGGAUCUGGUAUCAGUCAGGCAGCUGGGAGAGGACCCAGGACCCAUCAGGGAAGCAACUACCAUUUGGGUUGUAAUUGAGGAAGCGAAUAACUAGUAGAGAGGACCUUUACUAGAUGAGUUCAAGCCACAAAUCAGAUGAGUGAAUGUUGGUUAGAGCUAACCUGAAACUCUAAUUAGGAUUUUAAGAUGAGAAUGAAAGAAUGCCAAGUGAAUUAAAAUCACAUUUUAUAAUAUCCCAGAUUUAGAAUCUCUUGAAAUUCACACUUCUUGAUUAGAUUUCCAAUUCAAGUGAUCAAUUAAAUUUUAGAGAAUACUCCUCUAAUGCCAGAUUCACAAAUCUCCCCUCAAAUAUUCAUAAUGUAAUGGUUUUCAGCUCCCAUUUUAUUUUAUUUCUGAUUGGUAGGGUGGUUAUAGAAUUGUGAGACUUACUCUAUUGGGAAUUUUUCAUCUGCAAAAUUUUGGGGCUUUUGAGACUAAACAGCAAAAGGAUAGAAUAAAUAUUAGAUCACUCUUGAUAAAACCUGAUCUAAUUUUACAUGUCUUCAUUUCAGGGGUACUUUUCUUACUUGUUUCUCCCUAAAACAAUUUAGGAUAGAAGAGGAGUUGAUAUAGCUUAUCCCUGCCCCAUGAUUUAUUCAGAAGCUCCUUCAUCUCUGAGCUGGUCAUAAGGAAAGCAGUAAGAAGGGACGUUGGUCCUGUGGAUGUGGCAUACACCGGCAUAGAUAGGCACUAAUUAUUUAGCUUCUGUAUGCUGCCACCAGGGUACAAUUUACCCUCAGAUUUUGCUGUUCUUUCAUUGUUUUUUUUAAGUGGUUAUUUUUAUGGGUUACUUUACCCCAUACUUUCCAGGCAACUGUAAAAAUAAACCUCAUUUGAGAUACCUUUUAAUAUUACAUAUCAAUUAUAUGUAACAGAUAAUAUCCAUUAUAUGUGACAAAAAAACUACCAAAUGUAUUUUCUGGGUAAGAUAAACCGAGGGAUUUUUCAAUACGAGAGAUGCCAAGUUGUCAAUUUUCCAAACCGUUGCUCUUCAUAAUCCUGGCCCAUGCCUUUCAGCGACUCCACUCAUCCGUCAUUAGAUCCUGCCCUAAGGAGCACUGGGGGGCAGGCUUAAAGAGGAAACUGAUAAAACUCUUUUUGCUUAGUUCUGGUUACAGCUAUGGCUGGAGAAGUGUUUAUAAUCAUAAUCUAAUGUACAUUUUCGUUAUUACCCUGUGGAUUUUAAUUAUCCAUCUUGUCUAAUCUUGUUCUCUGUCAUCCUAGACAAUGAAGUGUUAGUGGGAGCAGAGCUCCUUACACACCAGAGGGUGUAAAAAUGUUUGCACUUGGCUCAAGUUGGUAUAUUAUGAAUGUGGCACAGAAAAUAAAACGUUUGUGUACAAAAUAUUUCUUUAUUUCUAUGGGAGCCAUUAUGUUCAGGAUAUAUAACAUGUAUCUAAUUAAACAAUUAUGAAUCUAUUUUGUGCUCUAGAAAUGUUCUUUUGGGGGAAAGAUGGAAAAAAUGUCAUGAGCUAAGAUUAAAGUGUUUUGUUUUGGAUUUCUUUUGGUGUUUAUUUCAGAAGGCUUCCCAGUCAUUUAGAAUACUGCUUAUCAAACUAAAAUUAGAUCCUGUAAGUUUUAAUUUAACUUUCUCUGUAAAAUUGCUACAUUUAAACUGUACAUUGUAUGCAUCUUUCUGUUAUACCUGUCUUUGUUUAACUUUAAUACAUAAUUGUAAGAACAUA